AUGGAUGAGCCAAACAUAACGUUUCAUCCCAGCGAAGGCACAGAGAACAUGUCAAUGCACAGAAACUUUUCUACACAGGAAAGAGUCUGGGAGAUAUUGACCCCACUUUGGGCAAUAAUGAUCAUCUCCUUCCUGGGUUUUUGUGAAAAUGGAAUUGUCCUCUGGUGCCUCUGCUUCCAGAUCAAAAGAAACCCAUUCACUGCGUACAUCACACACCUGUCCAUUGCUGACAUCUCCUUACUGCUUUGUACAUUUAUUCUGUCAAUUGAGUAUAUUGCUGGUUUUGGAUUCGCAUACGGUUUUUACUAUUAUAUAACCACCACACUAUCUGUUGUCUUCCUUCUUGGAUAUAAUACUGGUCUCUAUCUCCUGACAGCCAUCAGUAUUGAGAGGUGUCUGUCUAUUGUUUACCCCAUCUGGUACCGAUGCCACCGGUCACAGCAUCAAUCGGCAAUUGUGUGUGCAAUUCUGUGGACUCUGUCUUUUCUGAUGACAGUAACCGAGUACUUAACAUGUAAAGAUGAUUCAGCAAAGGAGCAAUUCGAUGAUGGCAACUAUUGCCAAGCACUGCUCAUCUUCACAUGGAUCCUGACUUUCAUGAUCUUCAUUCCUCUAAUGAUUCUGUCCAGCCUGAUCUUGGUUAUCAGGAUCCAUCGUAACUCCCUGAGACCUCACUCGUCAAAGCUCUACAUCAUCAUUGUGGCCACAGUCAUUGUCUUCCUCAUCUUUGCCAUGCCUAUGAGGCUGCUGUAUCUUCUGAAUUACCACCACUGGUCGUCUUUGCUCAGCCAGCAGAACCAUGUCACCGUUGUUCUCUCCACCAUUAACAGUAGCAUCAACCCCCUUGUUUACUUCUUUGUAGGAAGCAGCAAGAAGAAGAGGUUCAAGGAAAGCCUCAAAGUAGUUCUUAGUAGAGCACUCGCUGAUGGGUUGCGACCGAGAAGCCAGGAAGUUGGCAUGAGUUUGGAUACAGCUGAAACAAUUUUCUAA